GUCAAAAUGGCUGCUUUGGAAAAGGUUAAGAUUUUAGUAGUUGGUGAUUCCGGAGUCGGAAAAACGUCUUUGGUUCAUCAUAUAUGUCACGAUGAAUGUCUUUCAACUCCAGGAUGGACAAUAGGAUGUACUGCAGAGGUAAAAUUGUAUGACUACAAAGAAGGAACGCCAGCAACGAAAAGUUUUUUCUUGGAGUUCUGGGAUGUUGGAGGCUCUGCAAACCAUGAAAACAGCCGGUCGAUAUUUUAUAAUGGCGUCAAUGGAUUGAUCCUUGUUCAUGAUUUGACCAACAAGAAGUCAUUCACAAAUCUAAGGCGUUGGUUAGCAGAAGUGUUAGGGUCUGGGAAAGAAGGGAAUGGCUCCUUUAGCGCUAAGCAGCCACAAAAACAGCCUUCAAACAGAGACAGUUGGUUUGAGUUCUCAAUUGACAUAGGAGAAGGUUAUGACUCAGAGCAGUUUGCUGGAAACCAAAUUCCUGUCAUAAUUGUGGGUACUAAACUAGAUCAGGCAGGAACUGCAAGAAUUCUUACCUCAUCCAGGGGAUUGAAUCUUGCAGAGGAAAUUGGAGCUGACAUGAUAAAUCUGAACUCUACUGAUAUAAGACAACUUAAAUCUGGAUCUCUCAAUGCCAGAAAGCUGAAUGCUUUCUUUGAUAAAGUAAUUGAGAGGCGAUUCUAUUCCCGUGAAGUGCCACAAGUCCAGCAGUCAACUGGUCUUGCCGAAUCACCUAAAUUUUAUGAUCGUUCAAGUAAACGUAAAAUGGUUUAAACAUUCUUUCAGGAAGAAGACUGCAGUGAUUAGAUCACAUUUAAUUGUAAAUUCCUCUGGAAGAAGUUUCUUUCAACAAACCUAAAAUUAGCCUCUUUUUUUCCUUGCUUUGUCAAAUAUAUUUAGCCCCUCAGCUGACUGCUUAUCAAGGGCCACUGAAUUUAAUGUAACUUGUUGAGCUAGAUGGAUUUAUUUUCAGUAAACUCUCGCUUUCACAGAUUAUGUUUUGAAAAUUCACAUAGAUAUAUGACUGAGAAUUGGGUUAUACUGAAAUUCUUUUAUUUUGUCAUUUGCAAUUUCUGUGGUUUUCCUGACCUUCUGACUGUGUAAAAGGGUUGUUUAUUUUACCACAUUACAAUGUACCUA